UGAGUUAGUCACGCCCACUCUACCGGAAAUAUCUUCCUCGUUUCUCAGGCAGUCGAAACAAUCUUCACUCUCACCGGGAAACACAUACAAAUACCUGGUUUUAAUCCUGUCAUCUCGUUCUUGAGACAUACACGUCUUAGUUGGUUCCACAGUUCAUUUAAAAGGACGCUGUAAUUUAUAUUUUGUGUUGUGUUUACAUUUUGUUCCUCGUGCACUUGUUAUGGUCGUGUUGUUGAUUUCCACACUCUUAAAAUAGCAAGCUUGGUUUUUUUUCUUAAAGUACACAAUUCUUCGUCUUAUUUUAUUAGCAGAGGAAGAAGUGUGAGGAGAAGAAACGUUUGUAGAUAAUUAUUCUCCUGGUGGUCUCUCAGAAAUGGACCCUAUGGAUCGAGGAAUGCGCUACACUCCCGGUUCCUCUUCGGAUAUGAACUGGGAAUUAGCUGACACAUUCUUGCCAGCAUCAGAUAAUAAAAAGCUGAAGAAGAAGAGGGGCCCUGGGAAAGUUGGUAUCAUUGUUGUUGUGGUGAUCUUGGCUGCUGUUUUGGCUUUGACCAUUGGGCUUCUGGUCUGGCAUUUCCACUUCCGGCAGAAUUUGCAGUCACAGAAGAUUUACACCGGCUCAGUUAGGAUAGCAAAUCAAGCUUUUGUGGAUGCGUAUGAAAACCCGGACAGUGCAGAAUUUAAAGACUUGGCAAACCAAGUCAUGGCUCAGCUAAAAUCAAUGUACUCCGAAUCUCCACAACUGUCUAAAUAUUACAUUGGUUCCGAAGUCCAAGCCUUCAGUGAGGGCAGUGUAAUAGCUUACUAUGAGUCAGAGUUUGCUGUUCCAGCGGGACAGGAAGCAGAAGUGGAUCAGGCUGUGAACAGGUUAAGCUCCAAAGUUCGCAGAGUUGGGGAAAAACAGGGUCCCCUGGUCUUUGAUCAUGUUGUGUCUUCAGCUCUGGACACACGUUUGUUCUCAAAAGCCAGGGCAAGUAUGAGAUACUCCCAGCACGCCAAGAGUUCUGCUGAAGAGAUCAUUACAUCCCCAGGUUUCCCCGACGAACCUUAUGCUCCAAACACUUUUGUGCAGUGGCAGCUUCGGGGAGACCCAGGCCACGUGCUAAAGUUGUCUUUUGACACCUUCAACCUGGAAGGAAACUGUUCAAAUGACUUUGUGAGAGUGUAUGACUCAUUGGUCGCCGUGGACAAACACCUCAUGGAAGAGGAGUGUGGCUAUAAUUCUCCCAGUAAUCCUUUAAAUUUCAUCUCGUCCCGGAAUGUUAUGCUGGUCACCUUCGUAACAAACGAAGAAGGGAAUUUUCCGGGUUUCAGAGCCCGUAUGACUCAGAUCAGUCAAGAUAGCAGCGAUCUUGCAUGUGGUGGUAAAUUAGGUGGAACGUCUGGUAGUUUUAAGUCACCCAACUUCCCCAGUUAUUACCCACCCAACAAAACAUGUCAGUGGGACAUCCAGGUUCCUGAUGGUAAACACAUCAAGUUAAGGUUCACCACGUUCAUGGUUUCUACAGGGAGUCUGAAUCAUUGCUCUGGAGAUUAUGUGCAGAUUGUUGGUGUAAGCACAUUGUGUGGAAAGCAGCCUGAAAAUACCAUAGUGACCGUCAACAGUAACAAGAUGACUGUUGUGUUCAAAUCGGAUUCAUCACAAGUAGAUCAAGGUUUUAGCGCCAUUUAUGAGGUCUUUGAGCCCACUGACCCCUGCCCGUAUAAGUUCCAGUGUGACAACAAGCGCUGUAUAAACCCACCUUUGCGCUGUGACGGCUGGAACGAUUGUGGUGACAGCACAGACGAGAGGAACUGCCAAUGUGAUGCCAGCAUGAUCAAGUGCAGAAACGGGUUCUGUAAGCCGAUGUUCUGGCGGUGUGAUGGAGUAAAUGACUGUGGAGAUGAUACAGAUGAACUUAAUUGUGGCUGUAACGUUGGAGAAUUUCAAUGCAACGACAAUCAGUGUGUCUCAGAGAAGCUGAGGUGUGACGGGAAUCGAGACUGUAAAGAUGGCUCAGAUGAAGACGGCUGUUCAAGAGAUAUCUGUAAAGACUCAACGUUUCUGUGCGGUAAUGGCAAAUGCUUAACCAAACCGAACCCUAUGUGUGACGGGCAAGUUGACUGCGAAGACGGAUCAGACGAGUCCAACUGCAACUGUGGUAGGAAGGCUAACUCGAAGCCUCGAAUUGUGGGUGGUCAGGAAGCAGAUGUGGAUGAGUUCCCAUGGCAGGUCAGCCUGCACAUUAAAAACACCGCACAUGUUUGCGGCGCAUCAAUCAUCAGUGAACAAUGGAUUGUGACAGCUGCCCACUGCGUACAAGACGAAGACAAAAUCAAAUAUUCUCAGCCGGGCACAUGGGAAGCAUACUUGGGUCUCCACACACAAAAAGAGAAACAGAAGGCAACAAAGAGAUUGAUAAAACAAAUAAUUCCUCACAAGAACUACAAUGCCAACACGUAUGACAAUGACAUCGCUCUGAUGGAGCUGGACUCACCCGUGACCUUCAGUGCCAGCAUUCGACCCAUCUGCUUGCCCACUGCCACUGAUGUCUUCCCGGCUGGUGAAACGGUCACUAUCACCGGGUGGGGUGCCACCAGAGAAGGAGGCUCUGGAGCGACUGUGCUGCAGAAAGCGAAUGUUCGCAUCAUCAACAGCACAGUGUGUAACCAACUAAUGGAUGGUCAGAUCACGUCUCGCAUGACGUGUGCUGGCGUUCUGACCGGAGGAGUGGAUGCCUGUCAGGGGGAUUCUGGUGGUCCUAUGUCAGUUUUAUCAAAUGAGCGUAUGUUCCUGGCAGGAGUGGUGAGCUGGGGUGAUGGUUGUGCUCGCAGAAACAAGCCUGGCAUCUACACAACCGUGCCAAAAUUCAGGGCCUGGAUCAAGGAGAAGACAGGAGUAUAAACUGCCUCAAAGAUUAUAAUGAACUGAAAACCGUUUUGUUUUCUCAGGCUGCAAAUGUUUUAAUGACACGCAUGGCCUGGCUGAAGAGAAGGACGGACUUUUGACCAGUUUUUGUCUAACAAUUGUUUUAUAUGUUUAUAUAUUUUAUGAGAGUGGAAGGUUUUAUUCUGUCUUAAGAUGUGUAAAUAAAUGUCUUGUUUUCUUUUUUAAAGGUUCAUUCUUAAAGUGAAGCUUUUAUUAUUUGAAUAUGAAAGAUUUAGUUUUAUGUUUUGGUCUGUACCUUGGGUUUUCUCUGGUUCAAGGAGUGUAUAUUUCUGGAGUCUCAAUCACAUACUUGAAUGUAAACAUCUUCAGUCUUUUAUGACUUGUGCAAUAUAUAUGUAUGUAAUGUGAGAGUUAAACAUGGAAACACUUGAAAGGAAGUCUGGAGUGCUUAAGGUUUGAUUGAGGGACUACAUUUAACACUUGAAAAAUACAUUUAGAAAUAAUAAAAUCAUUGUUUCAUCCACCAUGAUUGAACAGUUUAGCAAAUAAAAUGUGUAUCUGGUUAAUACAGUGUGAAAUCUGUAUUAUACUUUUACUGAAAGAGUGCAAUAAACCGGUUCUAGAAGUACAAAUUCCAUUCAUUUUCUGCAUGUUGGAGAUUUGUUUGAUAACUUUAAAUAAAGACUUGCAUGAUUUCAGAUAUAUUCAGUAUACACUCUGUCAUUUGAUUGUUAAUAGUGUUGAACAUUUUAAUAGUGCUGAAUAAUUUAGUUUUAAAUCAUCCAUGUCCUUUAACUUCCAAUUUUACCAAGUUUGACCAACAUUACUUUUGUUUCCCUCUGUAAUGUAAAUGCUCCCGUGGUAUGUGACGAAAUGUAUAUUAUUUUGUUUAUUUGGAAAAAAUAUUUUUUGCAGUGUUUCUGUUACUUGGAGGUCUUAAAACUAUGUAUAUUUAUGUACAAACAAUAAA